AUGGCCAGGACGCCGGCAUUCGCUGCUGCAGUCGCAGGCAUGCACCAUCAAGCACAUGGCCGUGCAUUCGGCUCGACCCCGCAAUUGGUGAAAUCAGUAGAGGUGCCUGGCGAUGUCCAUGCGCAACAUGAGCGGCCAUCCAGUCCGCACUCGGACACAGGCGACGCUCACGACACGAACGGCGCUGCAUAUCGACCUCAAAGCCAGGACGGAGUCGAAGACGGACCACCACCGACGGUCAAAAUAAUGCCUCGCAGUAUGACUAUCGAGCUCCCGAACGAGCCCAUCGACGUAAUGUACGACCACAAGCUCUCCGUGGAGGACCAUUCGCCCAAGCCGUGCAUCGUCCCAGGCAACGCUCUUCACCUCAUCGAUGACGACCCCUCGCCCCGCUCACAAACUCCCUCCUCCGUGAUCAUCGUCUCGAACGACCUUGUGGACUCGCUGCCGCACCAGGAUCCGAGUAAAGACACCGAACGCAGCUCGUCUGAACCGCCCCCGCCGGCCCGCCCCACACCUCGCGUACGAUUUCGUUCGCGGGUGCGCAUCACCUCGGGCGUGCACCGACACCGGAAGAGCGUGAGCGACCAGCCGCCGCGCUCCACCGCGUCCUCGUCAGGAUCGGGCUCGCCGUCCUCCUCCAUCUCCGCUCCUAUACGAUACCACGCAGACGAGAACGCAACGUGGGGCCCAAUUGGGCGUCGCCUGAGUGCACUGGCGAACGUCAAGAGGCCACCAGCGUCCCCGACACUGAAUGGGACGGGUGCAGGAGGUGCACCGAGACCGGGUGGCAAUGGGCAUGCAGAUGAGAGGACGUCUCUCGUGAGGUCGGGCAGACACCCAGCUUACGUCGACCCAUACGACGGGAGUUCGCGGCUCAGAGAAGAUGAAGAGUAUGAGGAAGAGCUACUGCGCGCUGAAACGCUCAGGAGGCAGGAAGAGGCAGUGUUCGGCGCAUGGCCUCAAAGACUGUUCAAUCGAUAUGUGAGGAAUUCGCCGAAAUCUAUGCGUGCCGUCGACUGUCUGACAUUUGUCUGCAGUGGUGGUGGUGGCAUCUCGAGCCGAUCGUCUGCUGUACAUACUGCUCUGAAGAAUCGGACUAUGACGAAUGACCCGACCUGAACGUUCGGUCCGUCACAUAUACCUCGCAAGUUCCCACUUAU